AUGACCACCACCCCAAUCCCCAAGACGACAGAGCCACAUCCCCUCAGGAAUUUGACUGCUGAGACUCUAAACACCACAGCAAUAGAGCUAAAGUGGGACCAACCAGAGGACUACCAGAGUACUUACCGUUACCAAGUCCAGAUCUCUGGAUGCACAUCUCCAAGCCGUGAUGCCUCAACAAGCGAGGAGAAGAUCAUCAUAUCCAUCCUGCCUCCAGGAACCAGCUGCACAUUCAGCAUCUAUGUUGAGGUUAUGAAUGGGACAAAGGGAGAGGAACUCAAUAUCUCCCGUUAUACCAGACCAGAGACUGUGUGGCCAGUCAUCUUAAACCAGUCCAAUAGCUCCAUCACAGUGAGUUGGAGUCGUCCUAAUGGAAAUGUGGAGUCGUUUGAGGUUCUCCUGAACAGCAGCAGUAGCAGCACCAGGAGCCCUCUGCUGAACUCAAGUAUCAACUCCUAUGAGUUUAAAGACCUGUCAGCUGGGAAGAAAUACACAGCCACUGUCACAACAAAGAGUGGGCCCUUUAGUGAAGAAUCUGAAGUCACUACCAAUGCAACGUAUCCUAACCCUCCAAGAGAUAUUUUUAUCAAGAAAAAGACUACAAAAUCCAUUUUUGUUGAGUGGGCCCCUGCCUUCUUCAUGGAUGACUCAGAUGGUUUUAACUACACCGUGAUCAUUAGUAGUUCAUCAGGGACUGCAGACUAUAGUACCAAAGCCUCAUACCAGAACCUGACAAACCUUCCAUCAGGAACACCACAUGUCAUCUGUUUGAGAACAACUGGACCACUUGGCCUCCAGAGUGAAUCUGUUUGCAGUGAACAUGUCACAACAAGACCUGAGAGUGUCAAAUCUUUAGAAGUUGAUAUUGUAAAAGAAACAUACAUGAGAUGGAAAUGGGCUCCUCCACCUGACUAUAAAGAUGGAUACUACUAUCAAGUGAACUUGACAAAUGAACUUGACAAUAUUAACCUCACCGAUGUUACAAAUGACUUGAAAUUGGAGUUCAAGCAGCUGAUACCAGGAGCCCGUUACAACAUCACUGUCACCACAUUUACUUCUGAUGGCACUGAUGGAUCACCGGUGAACAAUUCCGCAUGCACUGAUACUAGUGGACUCACAGAGGACCAACUUAAAUGUGUUGGUAAAAACCAUACACCUGUACUUGAAUUGGAGUGGAAAAACCCUAAAGGACACAACUCUGGAUUCAAAAUCAAAGCCAAGACCAAUGCUGAAGUCAAUGUCCAUCUUGGAGAAGAGAAAACUUGCAAUGAAACAUGUGUCUACCGCAUAGAGAGUGAUCUUACAUACAGCACAGAAUACAGUGUGACUAUUUGGACAGUUGGAUGUGGGAAAUCGGGCAUGAUUACCACGACUUGCAAAACAGGAGUCACAGUACCACCUGUUGUGUCUGACAAUGAAAAGGUAGAAAUUCGCCCACCUUCCCACAAUGAAGUUGAGCUGAUUCUUGAUCCCAUUUUCCUGAAUUCUUCAAAUGGACCUAUUCUGGAAUACGGUGUCCUGGUGUCGCAGAGUGAAAACCCCACUUUCAAGAAAGAUGAUUUAGUUAACUCUUAUGAUGAUUGGCAGAAACAUCAGGAUUUAAACUACCUUGCCGUUUUAAAGAAAAAUGAAAUUAAAAUGGACAAGAUCUCUAUAAUUGUGGGAAAAGACAGCCCUUUGCGGGAAGCAUACAGAAAUGGCCCUCUGACCCCUACUAAAACAUACAGUUUUGCAAUUGUCACCUGUACUGCCCUGCAGAUGAAAACAGAUAAACAUGUGGACAUUCAUGGCUCCAUUUGCUCCAUAUCCGGAUUUUACAAGACUGUAUAUCUUAAACAAGACCCACUGGUCAUCACCACGGCUGUUGGAGCCACCUGUGGGAUCUUGACCGUCUGUCUAUGCAUUGCUAUAGCUGUCUUCAUCUUCUUGAAGAGUAGUGUGCCUUUGCUGGUUGAGGAGUUUGACGCACACUACAAGAAGCAAUCUGCCAACACCAAAUGUGGCUUUGCAGAGGAGUUUGAG